AUGACCGAGAACACCAUCGUCAUCGACCACGGCUCUGGCUACAUGAAGUCCGGCUUCUCGGGCUGGAACGAGCCGCAGCUGAUCCUGCCGAGCAUCGUCAACUACCGGCCGUGCCAGGAGAACCCGGGGCCCAGCUCCGCCCGGCGGCGCCUGGGUCUCGGCAUCGACAUCCUGAACCCAGAGACCUUCAGCUACCCCAUCCAGCGGGGCCGCGUCCUCAACUGGGAGGGCGUGGAGCACAUCUGGUCCUUCGUCCUGGAGAAACUGAGAAUGGAGCACGAGGACACCCCCGUCCUGGUCACAGAGACCCCCCUGAAGGACCCUGUGUUCCGAAAGAAGACCCUGGAGAUUAUGUUUGAGUUACUGGAUGUCCCGGCCCUCCUCCUGGCUGGCCAGAUGGAGAUGUCCCUGUAUGCCUCGGGCAUCCUGACGGGUGUGGUGGUGGAUUCCGGCUGCGGCCUCACCCGCGUCCAGCCUUUCCACCUGGGCCACCCCAUCCGGCACACCAGCAGGACGCUGGAGUUCGCCGGCCAGGAUAUCUCCGACUACCUCUCCAGGAGCCUCUUCAAGGAAGACAGCACAGUGAACAAGCUGUUCCAGCUGCAGACCGUCGACGCCGUCAAGAUGAAGAAAUGCUACGUGCCGCAGAACCUGGCGGAGGCGCUGGACUACUUCCAGAGCCUGCCCAGCGGCCACGACGAAGACAACAGCUACCUGCUCCCGGACGGCACCUCCGUGGAGCUGACCCCCAUGCAGCUCCUGGCCCCCGAGAUGUUCUUCAGCCCGCAGGUGUUCGACCAGGAGCGGCCCAGUGUCUCCCAGGCGGUGCUGGACUCCAUCAAAGGCUGCGACGCCGACCUGCACCCCCAGCUCCUGCCGCACGUGAUAGCCUGCGGGGGGAACACCCUCUACCCGGGCUUCAACCGGCGCCUGUUCACGGAGCUGGCCUCCCAGUAUGCCUCCUGCCCCAAUGCCGCCCUGUGCAGUAGCAGCAAAAGGAACUUCAGCGUCUGGCUGGGAGCGUCUAUGGUGGCUCAUCUGUCUACGUUCAAGUCUGAGUGGAUGACCAGGAAGGAGUACGAUGAGAAGUAG